AUGAGUGGAGAAAUCAUUCAAAUGUCCCCUCAGAUGAGCCUCAUCUUUGAAGCUAUGGAUCUGUCUCAGGCUUCGGUAUGUUAAAGGCAAGAUCAAAUAAUUCACAGGACUUGAAAUUGGAGAUAGAAUGGAAUUUUAAGAGAGAUAAAUAUUAUUGUCCUGCAGCCUGCUACAGUCAGUCGUUGUGGAAUGAUUUAUUUGGAGCCUUUACAGCUGGGCUGGUUGCCACUUGUAACAUCUUGGUUGAGUACACUUCCUGAACCUCUGGACCAAAAGGAGUAUCAAGAACUUUUUGAAGAUCUCUUUAAUUGGAUAGUACCACCAGCAUUAAGAAUGCGUCAGAAAAAAUGCAAAGUAGGUUGUUCUUAAAAAAAACAGUUUAGUAUGUCUAUUGUUAAGUACAUGGGUUGGGUCUACAGGGUUUUUUUGUUUGUUAAAGGUGUUAAAAGUUGAUAGGAGACUGUAAUGCUAACCCUCAGCUUCCAGAGUUCUCACUGUGACAGGCAGGGAUUCUGCCAGCAAAGAUACUCAUGGAGGAAUCUCAGUUCUCCCUCAGUGAUUCCUUUCCACAGUCUUUGUCUGGAAUAAAUCCCUAUCCCCAUUAAGGCUCAGGCAGUGAUGGAGUGAUUGAUAAGGCAUCCCUUGAGACCAAAUUGAAUUUCCUCCUUUGGUUCUCUUAACUGUAUUAAGUUAGUUUAAAGAUCUUACCUUUUAGAAGGGUUCUGGCUGGUACCUCUCUGAAGUGGAUCCUGACUAAUCCAAAAGAAAAUUGAAGUGUAGGUAGGUUCCCACGAGGCAAGACAUAGCGAUAACAGCAAGAACCUUUAUUGAACUACAUACUGUAACUGGGAAACAGGGGCAAAGCAACUGCUUAUAUACAUUCCUGAAAACCACUGAAUACAUACCAAAAAUAGUAAACACAGUUUGCAGGCAAAGAAACAGAAAGUAGAAGCAUGGAGUCUAGCUAAAGCCUAGACAGGAGAAAGAAAGAAUCCACUGUUGAUGGGAUUGGCGCAGGGUAAAUAAAGAAAUAUCCAGUCUUACCAUAAUGAAAUCUAUUGUAAAACAUGUUAACUGAAGUGAAGGAAUUAAUGUUGAACCAAGACAACAUCAGUUGGUUUGCUGUAGUAUUUUUAGUAAGUAUUUUGUGAUCUUUAUCAAGUCUAUACAGAAUACACACACAAAUAAUAAUCAGUGCACAUUUUAAACACAAAAGAUUAUUGACUGAAAUGUUCUAUAACUGAUUAAGUUCAUGAGGCAUUCAUAUAUAUAUAUAUAUAUUUUAAAAAUCUUUUACUUUUAUAGGAGCUGGUCCCCACCAGCAAUAGCAAUAAUGUGGUUUCUCUCAUUCGGCUUAUUGAAAUGUUGCUUAGUGACGCGGUGGAGAAGGAGCCUACCAGUCCACACAUCCGCAAAUGGAUUAUGGUUGGUCUGGUGUUUUUAUCUUUUCACUUCUUUGAGCAAACUAUUUGAGUUAUUUCACCCCACUUGAAUUGAAUCCAUAUUUAGUAGCGUAGCUGGGGGGGGUGCACCCCUGAUAGCACUUAUCUUGGAGGUGGCACACUAGAGCCCAAGGUGACAUGGAAGUCCAGGUGCCCCAGAGCCCGGCACACUCUCCCAAAAGCAGUGCAGCCUGGGGCUGGGCUUGCAGCGCUCUGGGUUGCUGUAUCUCUCCCAGCCACCAGAGGGCAGCCGAGAAAGACUCAACUGGCACCCACCUGCUUCCUCCCCCUCAGCUGCCCUCCAGCUGAAGGGCACCCUACCAAGAACAUGGCGGCUUGGGCUCCAGCCCCACACUGCUUUUGCAAGCAGUGCUGGUGCACACACACUGCUUCCCCCUCAACCGCCCUCCAGGUGGAGGGUGCUGGGACACAGUUCUGGCAGUGCACUCUGCCCUACCAGCUUGCUCUGCCCCCAUGGGCGGUGUGCACACCAGCCCCAGGCACUCCAGCGGCUUCCUAUGCCACUGCCCAUAAUUGACAUGAGUUAUGUUUCUCUCACAAGAUUCUCAUGCUGGAGAAAGGAGUAGAGGUGUGUUUUGCUGAUUCUGUCUCUUCUGCACACCCUGAAAAGCUGCUGCACCUGUGGACCUUCUGGAACAGCAUAUGGUGUGGUGCUUGGGGCUGCAGUGGGAAGGUAGAAUCUGCAAAAUUGCCUUCAGUUAGCAGGUUGCCUUCAUUGGCUCUCAGGGCGUUCCACAAAGUGACAAGCCCUUCUAUUCACAGAAGGGCAAAUCUAGAUCCAGCCUGCAAGAGAUUCUGAAAUGGGUAGCUUAUGGGUAAACAGAUGUACAAUUGCAGUCCCAAUAAGUUUAUUAAGUAAGUCCCACUAAGUUCAAUAUCCAGAAAACUGGCUGGAGGAUUGCAUCCUCAAAAUACUAUUUUCGCUAUAGAUAAAUAGUAUAACUUUAAAGCCUUUCAAGUGAGAUUUGCCAUGAGUACAUCAUCGUCCUCAUAAUUUCUUUCUCUUUUUAAAAAUGGAAGGGUUGUUUUGCUUUUGCUACGGUCUGGUCCAUUGGUGGAACCUGUGAUGGUGAUGGUCGGGUUCUGUUUGACGCCUUUAUGAGGGAUAUUAUAGCAGGGAAGAUGGACAAACAUCCGAUGCCUGCAGCUGUGGGGAAAUGGGAGCAUCCGUUUGAAGAGAGAGGCUUGGUGUAUGAUUUCAUGUUUGAGGUACGGAAAAAUUUAUAUAAUUAUUAACCAGUAUUUGAAUUUCUUAAAUAUUUCAUUAGGAAUGAAUAGCUGUUGAAAGCCAUAGAAUUUGAAAACAUGAAGCUGCGUUAUACACCUAUAUAUGGUACAUCCACAAAAGAUUUGCCUUCAAAUAUAGGCAUAGCCAGGAUUUACUUUAGGGGGGGCAGGCUAUGUUUGUGGGGGGAACAGAACUGAUUUAUCUGCAAUGCAAUUGGUCAGUUAAGUAUUUUUAUUCAUUUAUUUGAUGGGGGGGAGCUGCCCCCCCAGCUUUGCCCAUGCCUUCAAAUGGCUUUGCAUUACCUGGGAACUGCAUGACACAUACAGUUGGAAACACUGUAUGGUAUCAGUACAUUCCCAUUGUUUGCAUUAAAAGCAGAAGAGGGCUCAUGGAUUUGAUGCAUGGGCCUCUUGAUCUGCACUUUCCUUAACAAUGAAAUAUGUAUGUAUAUUUAUGUUUAUAUAUAAACAGGACUGCAUAAUAGAAGCAAGGUUGCUGAAUUAUGUGCCUGAAUAAUUACUGCUGUGUUGUAUCUGUGUUAAAUAAACCUAAUAAAUUGCUAAAAUAUUGCUUACAUUUAUUUUUAAAUAGAUAUUUUGCAAAAAGGGCUAGAAGUACAUUGCUGCUGCCGCCUUCUACAAGAAACCCAAUGAGACAGGAGAGAAACAAAAGAAAAGUCUCUUCCUCCUCUUUCCUUCCUCCUUGUUUUUGCAAUAUGCAAUAAUGAGGAAUGGCUACAAAUAGAGUGCGGAGACAAUAGAUGUACCUUUCCCUUUUUGUUUUGUAGCACAAAAAGCCUUAAUAAAAACUUUUAAAAAAAAACACAAGUCAGCUUGCAAGGCGGAGGCUUUAUCUUCUUUCCUUCCUUUUCUCUGCAGAGAUAAGAAAGGAAAGGUUUUUGGAAGUAGCACAAGCACUAGUUUGCUGCUUCUUGCAAAAACUGAAGAGAACGAAACUUUUCUUCAUCCUUUUCUUCACAGAGAAAAAAGGGUAUUUCCUCCUUCCAACUGGGUUUUUGCAAGGAAGCUGCAGUGAGGCCAAAGCUCAGUUUGAAUAAGUGAAAACACAUUUCUUUUCCUCUUUGGGGAAGGAGGAAUUUAUUAUUUAUUAAUUCAUUGCAUUUGUAUCCCACCCUUUUUCCUCCAUAGAGCUCAAGGUGGUAGACAAAGUUCUGCUCCCCAUUUUACCCUCACAGCAACCCUGCAAGGUAGGUUAGGCUGUGAGAGUAAGUGUCUGGCCCAAGCUCACCUAGGGAGUUUCAUGUGGAUUUGAACCCUAGUCUCUCCCAGCUGCUAGUCCAACACUCCAACUAAUACACCACUGUGCUUUAUGUCAAGUAAGGCUUUUUAUAUAAACACAGCUGUGCACACCAUAUGUAGAAGGAGCAAGAAAGAGAGUGAGCUUAUUGAGCCCCAGUACUAAAUAUUAUUACUUGUUAGGAAAUUCAAAAAUAUAUUGCAAUUUACCCUAAAUAUGUAGCAAAUUAUAUUUUUUUAAAAAUUCAUUUUUAUUAAAUUUUCCACUUUAACAAUCCAAUCAAAUCACAUUAAAUAUUCCAAAUUAUACAUAUGCAUAUAAAAUAAUCUGAAUAUUCUGCCAAAUUAUAAUUUUUUAAUAGGACUUCCCAUGCUUCAAGUUCGGAGGGUACAAUGUUAUACGUCUAUAAUGCUGAUAAUUUUGAAACCAUUGCCUUGAGAUUCAAUUAAAUGUUUUAAAACAACUAAAUGCUAAAAGCAUCAAGUUCUAGUGAAACAAUUUUGAAUUUAUUUUAACCGUACCGUAUCAUUUGCAAAACUUUAUUUCUGCAUUUCUUCUUAGAUGAAAGGCAAGGGCCGUUGGAUGCAUUGGAAUGAAGCCAUUAAAAGUAUCAAUUAUAAUGAUAAAAAUCUUAAGGUUCAAGACAUUAUAGUCCCAACAAUGGACACAGUGAGAUAUACCUAUUUGAUGGAAUUGUGCAUUAAAUAUGGAAAGUAAGAAAAAUUGCUUCCUAUAAUAGUGAAAAUGUUUUCAUUGUUCAUGAGAUCAUACUAUUCUAAUAAUGUUAUUAAUACUCCAAGAAAUACUCUAAGAAAUAAAACCCCCAGAAAAACAAUCCUCUUAGAUUUGUGUCCAGCUGGGGUUUUUGUAUGCUCCUUAAGUUUCCAUAAUAAUAAAUUGGGGGGUUAAUUCUGAGAAUUGUCAUCAAGAAGUAGGGUGCUAAGUUUCUUUGAAUUGUUCCCAACUGCACUUUUUAGUAUGUAUAUUCCAGCUCAAAGCCAUGGCUCUUGCCCAAGAUCUAUGUGAAAAGUUUCCCAUUUGCUGAAAUAAAUGGUAUAGAUGCACACAGCACGCAGUUGAAGCUAACUGAUUGUUUCAUAUUUAACCCCGGUUUAAUGUUGGGGCUUAAAUGCACUGAUCCAUCUUAUUCAAACUGUGCAGACUACUUGGGAUCCCUGCUGAUACACACACACACACACACACACAUACACACACCAGACAAAUUGGGCCAUUAUAAGAAUUAAGAUGUGGAAUAAUUGGAUGGCUCAAACUGGACUUUGAAAAACAGUAAAAAAGAAGUGCUAGAUGAAUAUGUUUGUGAAGAGUUUCAUGAUUUGUUUGCCGCCACCAAAAAGGCCCUCUACCUGACCUCCAAAGUGGAAGUAUCCAGGUUCAUUUGAGGGAAAAGCAGCCCUUUGGAUACCACUGUUUAUGGCUUUAAAGGUAAACUAUCACUUUGCAUUGUGUCUCAAAAGUAAGUGACACUAGUUAAGAGUUUAGAAACAUUAAUCUACACUAGUCUGGUCUUAGAAAUAGUCUUUAUAAUUUUAUAAUUCUCAGUUAUAAACUCUGAAAUACUUAUUGUUCAUAUAAAAAAACUUGAGUUGUGAAUAAAAUUACGGGGACCAACUCUGUAAUAUAAUUCAGGAAUUGUAGCUAAGAGUCUUUUGCCUAACAUAUACUUCUACAUCCCAUUUUAUUUAUAGUUGUUCUCUUACAUUUCUGUGAUUUUAGCUAUAUAUUUAUGCAAACAGAAAAAUGUGAUAUGUUUAUAAAUCGCUGUAAAAAUGCUACCAUCAACAGUCUUUAUUUGUUGAGAAUUUCCAAGCAUUAUGUUUAAUUUCCCAACAAUAUGUCUACACUAAUGAAAAACUAAUACAAGUAUAUGAAUUUCUUUCCAAGACCGCUGCUUUUUGUGGGACCAACAGGUACUGGAAAAUCUGUAUAUGUGAAGGACAAGCUAAUGAACCAUGUAGAAAAGAAUCUCUACUUUCCAUUCUUUGUUAAUUUUUCUGCUCGAACCAGUGCCAACCAGACUCAGGUUGGUAAAAAUAAACAGCAGACUGCUUUUGAUGCAAAUGGGCCCUCGGGCAGUUUACAACUGCAUAUUUCAUUAUAUAAUAAAAUUGUAAUGCUGUUGUCAUGCUGCAAUUUGUAUGGCUGUCAGCAUGCGGCCAUGGCAACUCCUCUGUGACAACAGACCAGCAGGCAGACAAGUUAGCAAGCAUGGUUGGGGAGUAGGUGAAUGCAGUCAGUAUAAAUUAAUAGAAUAAACUUACCUUUAGACACACCUGUAUUUAUUAUAGAAUACAUGCUAGAAUUUGAUGGAUUGGAUUCAGAGAAAAGCAUGGAUAACAAGCUGGCAGAAGCUGAUUUUCCUGCUCCCUUCUCUCUCCAAUAGAUCCCACAAUAUUCCCCUGAGGGCUGCUGAAUGGGGUGGGAGGAUGAACAAACUUAUGCGAGUGGGAGGCAGUGAAAAAGUCGGCUUUCACCAACCCCAUUAUGCACACUUCCCUCUGGAAACAACAUUAACUGUUCUUUUGAAUGAGCUGGUUUUAAUCCUUAAGAAAUAUGUUAUGCUUUUGAAUUUUAGAACAUUAUUAUGGCCAGGCUUGACAAGAGACGGAAAGGAAUAUUUGGCCCACCUAUGGGAAAGAAGUGUAUAAUCUUUGUGGAUGACAUGAAUAUGCCUGCAUUAGAACAGUAUGGAGCACAGCCUCCUAUUGAACUUCUGAGACAGUUUUUGACCACGGCAUCUGGUAACUAUUCAGACUAAAUUAUUUUUAUGUACAUAGUUAAAAGAAAAGUGUAAUUUUUAUCAGUUUGCUUUUAUGUAAUGCAUUUGUAAACUAGAUUUGUGAACAUUGGCCAAUGUUGGAAUGAAUUCACGACAGACGAGUAGCAGGUGUCAUAUGAGAGGCGUCUCUCGGGGCAAGCACCGGGAACUCUCUUUUAUUGAAUAUUACAAACAUUGCCACAGGUGUGCUUGUGGCUGAUCGGUUGAUACAAACACAAAGCAACUUGUUGCUGAUUGGUUAACAUAAGUACAAGGCGGGAAUUACAUAUAAACAUUAAUCACCGAUAGAUUAAAGGCUGGGAAACGGAGCCGGAACUAGACAGGCAUGAAACCUCCUAAUUAAAUUAUAACUAAAGAUUGAUAUAGCAUGACUAAAACAAUUACUAAUGAUUGAUCAUAACAUGAAAGAAUAUAAUAAUCGAGUUCCAUAGAUGUGGUCAGCUAUGCAUUAAGAACAGGUCAUAUUGUUUGUUCAUGAACUUGAGAUGAACUAAGGAAAGAAGGAAUGUCUUGGUGUUUAGAACAGGUUUGUACAGUGUGUGCAGAAGCAGAGAAAAGAUUAUAAGUGAGACUUCCCAGAAUGCAAGAGAAAAGAAGCAAUACUUCUCCCAUAAUGCUACAGUUAUGUGCAGAAAGAGAACUUCCCUUUAGGCCAAAACUUUAUUUAUAAGUCCCAGACUACUGAUAUUCAGAGUGUCCAUCUCUAAUUUUCAUCUUCAUCUAAGUUUCUUUUGUUGUUUUUGCUGAAAUUAGUCAUAAAAAUAAAGGAGGUAUCUUAUGUUGAUGUAAUGUGUUCAUAUAAUUAUUGCUGCAGAAUACAAACUCCAUGAUACUAUACAUGAUAAAUUUCCAAGUGCAGAAGUACUGUUCCAUUUAUAAUUGUCUGAUGAUCAUACUUCUAUUUCUUUUGAAGGUAUGACCUAA